UAUAAAUCGGGAGUAGGAGCAGUUGAAAUUCUUCUUUAGCAAACUCCAAAAAAAAUCAAUUUUGCGAAAUUUCAAGUAAACCAUUGAAAUUUCUUUUUUUUUUGUGGAUUUCCUUCAUUUUUUUCUUGUCUAACGAUUCUCUUUUAACCUGCUAAUAUGCCUUACGCUCCCGGUGACGAAAAGAAAGGUGCUUCCUUGUUCAAGACUCGUUGCGCCCAAUGCCACACUGUCGAAAAGGGCGGUGCUCACAAGGUCGGUCCUAACUUGCACGGUGUCUUUGGCCGUAAGACUGGUCAAGCUGAGGGCUACGCUUAUACUGAAGCCAACCGCGACAAGGGUAUCACUUGGGAUGAAAACACCUUGUUUGACUACCUCGAGAACCCCAAGAAGUACAUUCCUGGUACCAAGAUGGCCUUUGCUGGUUUCAAGAAGCCCGCUGACCGUAACAAUGUCAUUACUUACUUGAAGAACGCUACCUCUGAUUAAAGUGGGAAAUUGAUAGGUAUCCUUAAUCGGUAAUUUGAUAGGUGGAUGGAUGUUUGAACACCUUUUAUGCAUUCCUACCAUAAUAUCUUCUUUGUCUUGUUAAUUUCUCUCUUGCUUUUUUUUUUUUUUUUCUAUUCUACUCAAUGUCAUCUCCAUCCAUUCUCUUUUCCCUACGCUCUUCUCACGUUUGUCGAUUCUUUACGAUUUCAGUAGAUGAACCACGUAGUUUCGAAACUUUGUCUAUUUCCAUGAAUUCCUACAAUCCCCUCUUCUGGCGUUCAUUUCUUUUCUCGUGAUAUUCAUGAGUCUUCCACGAAAACAAAAUAGUUUCCAAUAAAAGGCACCAAAAGAAGUGUAGAGAUUCAUAGUCUCCUUAUCCUUUUUCUUUUUUAUUCGAGAAUAGUAUCACAUUGGAUUCUCUACUGAUCUCUCCUUUUUUUAAAUCCAUCCCUACUUUCCUUGUUUUUACAGUUCGCUUUUGUUUUAUCUGUUGCUUUCUUGCUAAGCUGUUUGCUUCCUAGAAGAGAAAGAAAGAAAAGAACAAUAUUCUUUUCUACCCGCUGAACCGGACUUGUCAGACUGUAUUGUCUCUCUCCUUUACUCUUUCUUUCUCUCUGAUGAAAGUAAUCAUCCUCCUCUUAAAUACGUUUCUAGCCGCUCAUUAGCUUAGUACGAGUUACAGAAGCAGCACCAAGACGAGACAAAUUGGGUUUCCUUUUAUUUUCGAACUCCUUCCACAGAAGCCGUCCAGGCUAAAAAAAUCAUUGUAGUAAACAAUCGAUAUCAAUUUUUCUUU